AUGCAAAUAUAAAAUGAAAUAUUGUAUUAGAAUUUAGUAUUUAGUAUUAGAAUCCAUACAUGUAAUUGGAUCACAGUUUUAUCAAAAUCAUAGAAGUUAGUUUCAUGAGUGACCUACGCUGGUGUAUUAAAUAAGACGCCUGCAUCAUGGCACAUCUCAUGGAUGAGUACACCUCUUAUUCUAGCUAUCUAGAGAAAUAUACCAAGUGACUAUGCUUUACAUCUUCUUGCUGGUGCAAGACGGUCCUCCUUUGGCAAUGAGUCAGUUGCAUGAUGCUCCUCCUUUGGCAAUUGCAUUUGCAAGAUGCUCCUUCUGCAGAAUGGCGCAUCUCGUGGAUGAGAAAAAUAUAACAAUUUAUAACACUAGGUUUCACACGUAACUGGGACACCACAAGACACCAUCUUAAGUGUGAAAUAUAACAAAUGGUCAUAUAUUUUUUUGUUUCUCAGCAUUGCUGUCUUGUUGUUUUCUUAUCCUUUCAUUUACUGGACAGAAUUUUUAAAAUACCAAGGAAAAGUAAACAAUGUGACCAUUGAAGACAUUUACACACAGCAGAAUUGGUUUAACACGUAACAGGGCCACGGGGAUGUACACAAAAUGUCACCAUAAUAAACCAUAAUAUUGGGGAACAUUCAUCACAUCUUAACAUUUAUUUCUUUAAAAAUUGUAUAUCAUGUUGAAACCGAGUUGGCACAUCCACCAUUUUGACCUGAAAAAUGGCAUAGUUUUACCUUUUGAGGAGGCAAAAUGUUAAUAUUUUAAGACUGUACAUUUUGUCCCACUUUUUAGCCAAAAAUAUGAGAAUUUUACAUUUCCUAUUUAGUUAAAUUUAAAAAAAAAUACAAUAUUUCCUAUUGGACCCCUAAUUUAUAGAAGACCCAUUUGCUAGAUGAUGAUUCUCCUUUGGCAAUUUGCAGAGGAUGCUCCUCCUGCUUUGGCAAUGACGUAUAUGGAAGACGUUCCUGCUCAUUUGGCUAUGUCAUAUUUGCAGGACGCUCUUCCUAUAUAGACAAUUUACCUUGGAAGAGGCUUCUCAUCCUUUUUGGAAUGACAAGUUUGUAAAAGUUUGUCUUUCGUCCUUUAAUAACCGUGCAGUUGAUUAGUAAUUGCUACUAAAUGAAACGUCUGCCUUGCAAUUGUUUCUUGCAUCCCCAUAAAUAUGAUCACAGUCUGUAGACUUGACCACUUUUUUGAACUGUACAAACUUAGUUCAUUUCAAUUUUUUCUCAACUUUCAUGUUUUUUUUUCAUGAGAGACACUUGUGGUGCUUUCUCACUUGUUUCUUUUUUUUCUUUCUUCUCUCUUUUUUUCCUGUGUUCCUCUUUGCCUUCAUAUCAAGGAACGUGGAUGUUUUAGACCUGCAGUUUAAUGACAAACUCUGGUGAAUUCAGUAUAUUUAUGCUGAGUACAUAGCAAUGGAAAAGCACACUAAAAUGCUAAUAUGUGUUCCAUCCUCAAAAGAAAACCUUAAGUUCCGGUACAUGUGUAUUGGCUCAGGGAUUGAUGUUUUUGUUUUUUUUGACAAUUUGAAACUGAACAGAAUUAUCUCCAAAGUCAAAGACUUUCGUUGCAGUAGACAUACAUGUUUCCUCAUAAUUACACUUAAUUGUACUAAAUCGGUAUUCAAGCUUCAGCAAUCUUGUACAAGCCUUACCCAGUGUUCAUCAUGUGUGGCUGUUUAUCAUUUUUUGUACAUUCCUUCGCUUUGAUAACAUAUUAACUGAUAUCACUUUAGCUGAUGGUCAUUUUCUCAACAACAAAAAUGAAUCGGGAAGGACUUAUAUGUGCCCUUCAGUGGCAGAUCCAGCAUAUUCAGAAGGUGGGGCACAGAAAGUGGAAGCGAAAUUCAAACACACAAGUGCGGCAUAUAUUUGCUUAUGUGGGUGAAAAUUUCUGUCUUUGAAGUGAAUUGAUAAUAACCACUUGACGGUACAAGAAAUUUGGGAAAGACGUAGGCCUACCUCUUCAAAAAACAGAGAGCUGUGAUAAUUGGAGAGGGGGUUGCUGGCUGUGCCCACUCUGGAUCCGCUAUACUGCCUUUUUAUCAUUUUGCUUCAUUCCAAUAUCCCCCUCCCCUUUAAAAAAAUAAUUAUAAUAAUAAAUUAAUUAAUUAAAAAUAAAAAAGUUUUGAACCUAACGAUGUUGGUUCUUUACAAGCAUUAUUUUAUCACAUACGCUGCCAUACUUCCAAAUGACUUUUGUACAAACUUAUCCGCUGUGACACUUGGUUUAUGAAAAAUUAAUGUACUUGAUACAUUGAAAAUCGUAGAACCUGGAUCUUUUGUUGCAUAGCAAAGAAAAGCCCUAAAGGUUUACUUUUUUGUGAACAUAUACAGCUUGUGUUACCUUCACGCUCACAAACUUGUAUACGAAUCAAUCUGCCAUUUGGUUCAAGUUUAUAUACAUGCAUAUCGCUACUGUGUUCUUGUGUACACGAUUAAGUUACAUUUUGGGCAGUCAGUGUUUAUGCAUUGAUAUGUUUAGAUAAAUUUUGACCUUACAGACUUGUAACUACGUGCAUGCAGUAUUGCACUUUUUGUGGGUAUGAUGGAGUAUAUGAAGAGUUUAUUUCUAAAAUGGGAUAUAUCAAUUUAAAAAAGGUUAAACUUUUUCACAGUUGCAAAUCUUUUAAGAAAUAAAAAAUGACAAAACACCUGUUUCUAAACUUAUUUUUUUGCUUUAUUGUAUGCUUAAGAAGUGUUCAAGUAUAUAACAACUGUCGAAAUUUACUUUGGGCAGACUGGACAGAGUGGGAUUCAAAAAGUGAACAAAAUGGCAUAUAUCGCAUUUAACUUUUGGACAUAAACUCUUCAUAUUAUCUCCGUUGUCAAAAGGCUUUUAGGAUAUUUUCAAUUUGCUCUUUUUGCAGCUUGUAUUGAUGGAGUGCACACCCAGUGGAAGAUCUUCAUUUAUCUGCCGAACGAGGACUCCGAUCCACUAGAGAGACAUACAAUGGCAGGAAAGACGAACUUCACUACCAAGUCCCAGUGUGUCAUCUGCAACAGUCUUAAUUUAUCACCUCAGCUGCAGCCAAUUUGAUGAUUCAUGUGUAACCAGCGUGUGAAAGCGAGGCGUCAUUACAAUGAAGGGGAACAUCAGGAUGACGAGAUCGAAGGCAAGAGAACCUGGAAUCUGGAGAAGAAAAUCAAUGAUGAGAAGUUCACUUCCAAGUGGGUGAAGGUCAUGAACGGAGAAGAUUUCACCAUGAAGUUUUUGCAAGAAGGGGGCUUUGAUACUCCAAUGUUGUUCAAGAGCACUGAGGGACUUGGUAUCAAGGUGCCUGGCAAGGAUUUCACAGUCAAUGACGUGAAGUUACACGUUGGGAGUCGGAGGCAGGUGGACGUGAUGGACGUCCACACCCAGAAGGGUGUUGAGAUGAGCAUGGCCCAGUUUGCCAAGUACUACGAGAACAAGGAACGAGAGCAGCUCUACAACGUCAUCAGUCUGGAGUUCAGUCGCACCAAGUUGGAAGAAUUCGUGGAAGCUCCAAGCAUUGUUCGUCAUAUUGACUGGGUUGACAUCGUCUGGCCACAACAUCUCAAGAAAGACCAGCGUGACAGCACCAACACUCUAGCCGAGAUGAAAUACCCUAAAGUGCAAAAGUACUGCUUGAUGAGUGUGGCUGGGUGCUACACAGAUUUCCACAUUGACUUUGGUGGCACUUCGGUCUGGUACCACAUCCUCCAUGGUAAGAAGGUUUUCUGGUUGAUUCCGCCCAGCGAAGACAAUCUGGAACUGUACGAGAACUGGGUCUUGUCCGGCAAACAGUCAGACAUCUUUCUGGGCGACAGAGUCCGAGAGUGCACCAAGAUUGUCCUAGAGGCCGGCUACACCUUCAUGAUACCGAGUGGUUGGAUUCAUGCCGUGUACACACCACAAGACUCCUUAGUGUUUGGGGGUAACAUCCUUCAUAGCUUCCAUAUACACCGUCAGCUACGAGUAGCCCAGAUUGAGGACAGAACCCAUGUGCCCUUUAAGUUCCGCUACCCUUUCUUCUGGGAGAUGAAUUGGUAUGCCCUAGAGCGUUACGUCCACACCCUGACCGGCAAAUCCUAUCUCGCAAAGCCCAAGGCAGAACCAUCGGUGGGUCCUCCAGCUCCAGAGAACUCUGACGAGGGCACAAACGAUUCAUUGGACGUGGAGAGGGAAGUGAAGACUGAGGAUGCUGGAGAGGAGAUGGAGGUAGAGAAGAAAUUCCAUAUCAAGAAAGAGCAGAGUGAUGAUGAUGCGUACUCGGAGGCGGUAGUCAAGGAUGAGACUGCAUCGCUGACCGGAGACAUAGGAGAUGUUGCCUCCCCAGCAGACACAGACAAAACAGAGGAGAUGGACUUGGAGAAGUUUGACAGAACUGAGAUAUCGGCAGAUGACCAAAUUGGUGGCAGCGAUGGGAUGCUACCCAACGGGGAUCACCAUGCUUCAAGUCCCUCAAAGAGCCCUCCCAGGAAUGACACCUCUGACAUGCACAGUGUGAAAAUUAAAUCUGAGCCCCUGGACGAAAACCAGAGUGAUGCAGACGGAUCGGAACACUCGUUGAAGCCAGUGGUUAAGCAGGAGCAGGAAGAGUUCAAAGUAGAACCCAACCAGGAGGAAGGCACAUCAACUGAGAUACAGAGGCGAUCCCAUGUCAACUUGUGUCGACACGAGUUGAUCGGUUUGAGAGUCCUCCAUCACCAGCUGGAGAAUCUACCCCUGGGUAAGCGGAGUGUCCCCGAGCUCAUCACAGACCCAGACGGUUUGCUACAGCAUGCAAAGGAUAUGCUGGCUGAGCAUCUGGAAGAUUCCCAGGUGAUGGCUGUCACGGGAAUACCCGUCCUGAAAUGUUUAAAGUCUACAGACCCCAAAAUACAUAAAACCCCAAGACACAAACUGUCCCUAGCCAUGCGUCCAGUCAGCAAGCGCCUGAGCAACGGUAUCCGACGGCGACGGACGCGCUGCCGGAAAUGUGAGAACUGCCUGAGCGACGACUGUAGGGAUUGCCACUUCUGUAAGGACAUGAAGAAAUACGGCGGUCCUGGACGGAUGAAGCAGUCCUGCGUGGCUAGACAAUGCCUAUAUCCCAUGCUGCCCCACAAUGCCGUAUGUGCCAUCUGCACCCGGGAGGACCGGCCCGGGUCAUCAGGAGUCAAAGGUGACUCUGAGGUCAGCUCCCUGAUGGAGUGCCACCAGUGCUUUGAGAUCGUGCAUCCCGAGUGUCAGGCUAAAGAGUUGGCACCAGAGUACGAGGGAGUGAUCAAUGAGGAUCUGGCCAACAGCUGGCAGUGUCCCAAAUGUGUGGCUAAGAAAGAGACACAGGGUGAAGAUUGUGAAGAGUCCAACCAGAAUGAAAAGCCAACCAAGAGGAAAAAGGAGGAGUGUAGUGCAGAAGACAAACCACUGGACAGACCAAAAAGGGGUCGACCGCCAUUGCAUCGCGCAGAGGUCAAGUCAAGCAGUCGGCUGGGCAUGAGCCGGGGCAUCGGCGGGUACGGCGGCACAAUGGGAUUCUACAAACCGGGUCUGGGUACCAGACAACAACUUCUGGCAAAACAAAAGGUCCGGCAGGCACGGAUCCAGAGAAUGCGUGGGAAGCAGCGACGGAUAAGCCGAGACACCAGGGAAUCCAUCAACCGAAACUCCCCAUCAGAGAUGCCAGACGGAGAGGAAAACACUCCAUCUGAUGAGGACCCCAGGGACAAACAAGAGACGAUUUAUAUGAAGAAAAAAACCCCAACUGUCUUCCCCAAGUUCGUGGUCCGCCCUCUCCCGACCACUCGACCACCUCAGUACUUUGUUCAGACAGAUGGUCGCGAUCAUCCCCUCCAACGAGACAUCUGGCUUAGGAUCUUCCAUCUGCUAAGUCAGAGUGACUUGUGUCGUUGUCUUCGUGUCUGUAAGACUUGGAACUGGUGGUGCUUUGAGUCUUCCCUGUGGCACACCAUCAACGUCUCGAAGGUGCCGCUUGAUAAGUAUGUCUUGGCAGGGAUUGUUCGUCGUCAGCCUAUCUGCCUGGAUUUGAGUGGAUCGGGAGUGACUAAGAUGCAGUUAGCCUGGUUGAUGGCUCGCUUGCCUGCUUUGAAAGAACUCCACUUGGCCAGAGUGGACCUACAGGCUAUCAUUGCGCUCUGCUCGGCUACCUGUCCCCAGCUCUGCCUCUUAAACCUCCAAUGGGUCAGUCUCCAGGAUGGCCACCUGACUACUCUACUCUCACCAAUCAGAGACCACCAUCCAGGGCUUCUUGAUGACCGCACAAAGCUGUGCAAGUUACAGGAGCUGCAAUUGGCUGGAAGCGACAUCACCGAUAUGAGCAUGGAGAUCUUGAUUGAGCAGACACCACUAUUGGCCAGGCUUGACCUUAGCUUCUGUGGGUUGAUGACCAGUCAGGGGAUUGCUACCUUGCUGGCUGAAGACUCGCCCCUGGUUAACACUCUCACAGAUCUGAAUGUCUCUGGAUGCCACAAGCUUUCUGAUGACUGCCUAGUCAGUUUAUCCCGCUGCAGGAAAUUAAAGAAAGUGGUCGCUUGUUCCAUCCCUAGACUCGCAAAGUCACAGUGGCGGGAUUGGGCUGUCAACAAUAGGGUCCAGCUUGAACUGUGAGAGGACUGAUGUAUAUGUCUAGUAUUGGAGUCUGCAAACCUAAGCAUCAUCAUAAGAUGGAAUUUUGCGCCGUGAUGUAAUUCAAAUUAGGUUUUGCCCUUCACCGACGUAUAAACACUGUAUACUCAGUGUGUAACCUCCCGAGUGAAACCUAAGCAUACAUAUGCAGUCUUACGUCCGUGUGUAUGAUGAGAGUUGUAUAAAAAGGUUUUUGGUUUAUUGGUUUCUGAUAGAAGUUGAACAAAACAUGGGCGGACAGAGUGUAACUGUAAGCGUAAUGUGGGUAACCAGCCCUUUUUCUUUCUAACAUCUAGACCUGAAUUUCAUCCACAUUAUGUAUUUGCCCACAUUUAUACUUUUGUUCGGUAGAUAUCUUGUUAAAUAGUCAUUUGAUUAUUGCAAUGUCACUCUAAGGAAUAAAGCCCUAGCCCUCAAUAGGUCUCUCUCAAAGACGGCCAUCUCUGCAGGCAACUGUGGAUUUUACGCAACUGUGGUUACGCAAUCAAGCACGUCGUAUUGCACAGUGUUGAAAAUAUUCCAAACACGCGCGCUUGGUGGUCGAAAUACGAUGCAGCCGAUACUCGUUGUGCAAGUUGACGCUCAAAAUGGCGAUGCGCGUAGCUGGUCUGUAGGAAAUGACAUCAUUUGAGAGAGACCUAUCCUCCAACAUCCUCUUGGCAGAUUUGGAGGAUUCUGGAGCAUUGAGGCUGCUAUAUAUGGCAAAAAGUGUUAGUUGACUUUGGAGGACGCAUUGUGUUCAGUUUGUAGGCUGUACCCAGCAUUGUUAAUGUUUAUGUUCAGUCAUGUAUUGAGGAAAGGAAUUUUGUUUUUGCAAGUUCAAAAUGGCAAUUGGGAUGAGCCCAAUCACCAUGGGUUGAGCCCGAUCACAAAAUAUUUCUUGCUUUGAUAUUAAUUGAUGCCGGUAUUGACGCUGUGCACAGGACCCCCUUAACAGUUUGAAACGGAGAUUUGGGGGAGCAGUUUGAAGGACAUUAGGUUAAAAUUAAAAUUUGAAAUAUGUUGGCAAACAACAUGUGAACACAGCUCUAAUUGGUUUUGUACACAAAUUUCAAUUACGGACUUUCGGUCAAUUGUUGACAUUUGUUUGUGCUUUAACCCUUUUGCCUUAGGUCCACGAUUGUUGGUUUUUACAUACCCACAAUGUGUCCCUCCCAUUAUUAAAUUGGCUCUGUCAAAGCCAUUACAUUUUCCACAAAGUGCAUAUAAUAUCAUCACAGAUCUUCACGUGAUGGAUAUGAAACCUGUGAGACUAGCUUAAACCACGUGCUCUAAAGCAUUGGGAUCUGUUUUAACUCAAUUGUUGAUUUGAGCAGACUGUACAUGUAUCUCAGCUCAGUUGUGAUAUAUCCAUAUGUAACUUGUAUUGAGUAACAAACUUAUAUGAUUUAAUAUAUUAUGCUGCGACCUACUUUUGUAAAAUGAUAAUCAUGCAGCCAUGCAUGCCAUUUUAUCAAUACAAGCAGUUUAUUUUUGGGUGUGUUCGAGUUGCUCAACCAGAUCGACUCUGCUUAAAGGCAGAUGGGUUAGCCAUGAGAGUCGGGCCAAUCGAAAACUCAAACGUGGGCCAUCCUUACGUGACAAAAUGCGCACAGACUGCAAGCCUGAGUCAUUUACUACUUUUCCGUCAGUUGCAAAAAGUGCCAAAGUCGGGCUGGAAUAAGCGGCCUCUUAUUAAAGUCGCAAUGAGUCCCAAGAACGAUGUCAGAGCUAAUUACGAGGCACGGGGCUGACCCAAGUUGACCUGGGUGAGCUACUCGAGCGCACCUUAUACAUUGUGUAGUCAUGGUAAAUCUCUCUUAACCCAAACCCUGCUAAAUGCAACAGAAUGCUCCAGUGGUAAAAAAAGUUGUUGCAAGUUGUUUCAUUCAGCAGUCUCCUGAUCUGAUGCAUUGCACUCCUGCAUUCCGUUGCAUUUGGCAGGGUAGGUACUUGGUACCAAAGACUGGCAUGUAUUAGUUCACUGCAUACUGUUGCAUUUGGCAGGGUGCCUAGAAAAUACCCUGUGGGGCCCAUUUUAAUGCAAUCCUAGCCUUGGUCAAUGCUCUCGUCGUUAUUCGUCCCAUACGCGGUAAUCAAUCAGCGGCAUAUCCUCGGGCGCUAUGCAGUGCAUGUCAUCCGGCCACUAUUAUUAUGCAAAUUAGUUGGAGACAAUCGAGAGCCUUGGUUCAGUCGUCGGCGAAAGCUUAUGUUUUCCAUAUUUUGCGCUGGAUUUCUCGUAUGCCAAUAUAGAUAAGUGUAGGCGGGGCUAAUGUGGAGUGUCCAAUCACGCCUUGGUAAAUCCUGACGUCAUCAAAUUAUUUGCAGCUCACGCCUUUUGCUGACGUGACCACAUUUUUUGUGCAUUGGUGCCGUGUGCAGAGACACACAACAUACAUAUGUAUGGUGCCACGUUUCACUGCUAUGCAAGUUUUCACGCAAUGAUCGACCAAUAAGAAAACAACAUUUAAGGUCAGCUUAGACUAUUAGCAUAAUGAGCAGUAACCAUAAAACCUCACAUGGACGAUUGAACCAAGGCUCUCGAUCGUCUCCAACUGAUUUGCAUAAAAAUAGUGGCCCCAUGAGGUAGCUGUUCGCGCUGUAUUUUUACAUGCACUGCAUAGCACGCGAGGAUAUGCCGCUGAUUGAUUACCGCGUACGGGACGAAUAAUGACGAGAGCAUUGACCAUUAAGGCUAAUGCAAUCCUUGAAAUGUACUGUUUUAUAUAACACCCAAGUAAAUCCUUGUCAUUUGAUUGGAGGAUUGUUGGUCAUGCGGCAUUCAUUAAUCGAACCAUUGCAUGGCCUACAUUAUAACCGUGCAUUUUUGGUUCCGUUCACCAUGCAUUUCCGUCCCAUCCCUUUUAAUCUAUUGCACGCCGCGCGCACGCUAAGACAUGCAGGGGCCUGCUUUGUAUGAUGUUUGCACUAUAUAGCAUGUGUUAUAGCAGUAGAAAAGUUGCCUUUGAAGUUGAUACGGGUGCCAAGCUUGAUAUCUUUUUUGCAUUGUUUUAAGAACUUACAAUGUUAAUUUUCUUUAUUGUCAAUGAUUUGACUUUUAAAACUUAAUAACUUUCUGUACUAAUUACAUCACGCAAUGUUUACCGCAGUGCAUUGUGGGAUUGGCCAAGUUGACUCAAAACCAACUCAGUCUGGGUCAACUCGGUCCCCAGUCAACUCGUCCCAGGUUCCAAACAAAAUAGGGGGAGAAAAUUUCUGCAAUUUUAUUCACAGAACGUGAUCUGUUUCCUUUUUGUGUAUGUAUUUCCCGAGGUUAACCUUUUGAUGUACUUAUUUGGUUUAAUCAUUGAUUUCGAGGUUAUACCGAUUGUACUGUCUUACUUGAAGCAGCGUGUUUCCCUGCCAGCGGCUGCCACAGCAAGUCAGUCGUUGCCCGCUGUACUACGCAACAUACACUAGUCAUGCGCGCUGUAUACACGUAGUGAGGUGUGAUAUAUGGCCAUCGUGACUAGCAUUGUGCAUACCUAAAUUUUUCGUUAUUUUUAAGAAUCAUCGACCUGAAAUAUAGUUUAGAUUAAUGAAGACUUUGUUUUAACACAUUUGAGGGUCAUUUUCAAUAGCUUAAGUGGCGCAAAUGAAAAUAAAUCAGACCCAAAAUACACAAUACUAUAUGUUUUCUUCAGCAA